CAGUACGGUUUCCUGGGGCCUCAAGUAAAUUGAGGAACAACAGAAUGACAUGACCAGCAAUUUAAAUAGACGCAGGGAAACAGAGCAGAGUGCUGCUCAGGAGGAAGAUCAAGAACAGGCUGCACAGAUGAAGCAUCGGCAACUGAAUUAUAGCACUGGAAUAUUGACUGCGGAUUGUGAGGAACAGUGAAAUGGAUCUCCUCUUGCUGCUGUCAUCUCUCAUAUUCUGUGGUAUCUGCUCCACAUUAGCGAUUGGUGUCUAUACCCCAAAAUCCUUGGUUGUAAAGAAGGGAAUGGAGUUACGGUUGGACUGCAAACUCGAAUACCAAACUGACAUUCAACAGCACAACAUCAAACUGGAAUGGUUGUAUAGCUCUAACAGUGAUACCGAAGAGGUCUUGAUUUUCUUUCACUACCAAAACCUCAGUGUGAUAGCACAGGAAACAGUAUUCUUCCCAAGACUGCAGUGGGUGGGUGAUAUUGGACAAAGCAAUGGCUCCAUUCUCAUAACUGACGUGGAAUGCAGCGACAGAGGCUACUUCACUUGUGAUAUGCGGAUCCCGAGGUCAUCCAGUAGCAUCUAUAGAAGCAGAAUUGACCUAACAGUGUUGUGCGAAGACACCAAACGUACACGGAGGUUAAGACCAUCUAUGUUAGUGGAAGGAGUUCCAAAGAAUAUCAUUAUAUAUACAACAGCAGGUGUUUUCAUCUUGCUUGUUGCACUUAUCGUUGGAAGCACAUGGAAGAAAUGGUCGAUAAGAAAUCAAAGCAGAAGAUAUCCAAGAAGGCUUGAAGACUCUGAGGACACUGAGCGCUACGUCACUGUGACCAACAGAAACCCACUCCGGAUUGAGAGACAAAAUAAAGACAUGGACGAAGUGAUAAGUAAGGACUCAAAAACUGGUGAAGAGGAAACUUAUGUAACAAUGCACUCAAUUUUACGAGUAAAGACACCAGAUGAUCUUCCUAAACCUCUCGUAGUCAAUGCUCCUGUACCUGGAGAACAUCCCCACCCAGUUUUGUCUAUUGAUUUUCUGGACAAUCAUCGGAAUUUUUGAUACUGUAUUCAUCUAUCUUGUUAACAGCAAAGACACACACAAUUCGUCCAGACUAAGUCAGAUAGUUCUGGUUUGAUGAAGAUAGUGGCAUUACAGUAAUGUCACUGGACUACUAAUUCUGAGGCUCAGGAUAAAAUUCUGGGGAUUUGUGGAACAAAUCUCACCAGAGGAUCUGGUGAAAUUUAACACAGUUAAUAAACUCUGGAAUAUAAAGCCAGUCUUAGUAAUAGUGGACAAGAAAUUAUCAUCAAUUGUUGUAAACCCCAUCCAGUUCACUAAUAUGCAUUAGGGAAGGAAAUCUGCCAUCCUUACCUG